AUGGUAGACGUAAAAGCUAUCCUCAAUGCUCUUUUAUUCUGCAAAAAUUAUGGCUUAAAAAAUGUGAUGGUAGAGAGCGACUCAACUCUCGCGGUUGGAUGGGUGAUUACUAAAUCAAACCGACCUUGGAAGCUAUUGAAUGACAUCAACCAAAUUGAUCAUCUUAUUUCUGAAGUGAACUGUACAAGAGCUUUCCACAUUUUCAGAGAAGCAAAUACUAUUGCAGACUCUUUGGCAAAGGAAGGAUGUAAUCGUGUUGCUCCUUUGGUUGAAGUUCUUCACUCUGCUGCUGUCUUGAAUUCCUGA